AUCACUUAAGGCACCAUGAAGGCUCUUCUUCUGCUAGUAGCUGUUGGCCUUUGCUGGGCACAAUACAAUCCAAAUACAAAGUCUGGAAGGACGUCUAUUGUCCACCUAUUUGAAUGGCGUUGGGCUGACAUUGCUCUUGAAUGUGAACGGUACUUAGCACCCAAUGGAUUUGGUGGAGUUCAGAUAUCACCUCCAAAUGAAAAUAUUAUAAUUACUAAUCCCUGGAGACCCUGGUGGGAAAGGUACCAGCCAAUCAGCUACAAACUGUGCACACGAUCUGGAAGUGAAAAUGAAUUUAAAAACAUGGUGACCAGGUGCAACAAUGUUGGAGUUUAUAUUUAUGUGGAUGCUGUAAUCAACCACAUGUGUGGAUCUGGUGUCGGCUCUGGAAAUAGUGCUACUUGUGGAAGUUAUUUCAAUGCGGGGAACGAAGAUUUUCCAUCUGUCCCAUACUCAAACUUGGACUUUAACGAUGGUAAAUGUAAAACUGGAAGUGGAGAGAUUGAAAAUUACAAUGAUGCGAAUCAGGUCCGUGACUGCCGCCUGGUUAGUCUUCUUGAUCUUGCCCUGGAGAAGGACUAUGUGCGCUCGAAAGUUGCUGAAUACAUGAACAAGCUCAUUGAUAUUGGUGUGGCAGGCUUCAGACUUGAUGCUUCCAAGCACAUGUGGCCUGGGGAUAUCAAGGCAGUUUUAAACAAACUGAAAAACCUAAAUACUCAAUGGUUUCCCUCAGGAACGAAGCCUUUUAUUUUCCAGGAGGUAAUUGACUUGGGUGGAGAGCCAAUUAAAGCCAGUGACUACUUGGGAAAUGGCCGAGUGACUGAAUUCAAAUAUGGUGCGAAAUUGGGGACAGUCAUCCGCAAAUGGAAUGGAGAAAAGAUGUCCUAUUUAAAGAAUUGGGGAGAAGGCUGGGGUUUCAUGGCUUCUGACAGAGCCCUUGUCUUUGUGGAUAAUCAUGACAACCAAAGGGGACAUGGUGCUGGAGGAGCAUCUAUUCUAACCUUCUGGGAUGCCAGAUUAUAUAAAAUGGCAGUUGGUUUCAUGCUUGCUCAUCCUUAUGGAUUCACACGUGUAAUGUCAAGUUACCGCUGGACAAGAAAUUUCCAGAAUGGACAGGAUGUUAAUGACUGGAUAGGACCACCAAGCAAUAGUGAUGGCUCAACCAAAGCUGUUACAAUCAAUGCAGAUAGCACUUGUGGCAACGAUUGGGUCUGUGAACAUAGGUGGCGUCAAAUAAGGAACAUGGUUAUUUUCCGUAAUGUGGUUGAUGGCCAGCCUUUCUCAAACUGGUGGGACAAUGGCAGCAAUCAAGUGGCUUUUGGGCGUGGUAAUAGAGGAUUCAUUGUCUUUAAUAAUGAUGACUGGAGCUUGAAUAUGAAUUUGCAAACUGGCCUUCCUGCUGGCACUUACUGUGAUGUUAUUUCUGGGCAAAAGGAGGGCAACACCUGUACUGGAACAAGAGUCACUGUUGCUUCUGGUGGUAUUGCCAAUUUCCAGAUUAGUAACCAGGCUGAAGAUCCUUUCAUUGCAAUUCAUGUUAAUGCUAAAUUAUAAUGUAAACUAGAUGCAUCUCUUCCCUUGGCCAUUCACCUAGUACUUUUUGUUCUGUGUAGCACACAACAAUGAAUGAUCCUUUAAUCAUAGAAUACCAGGGUUGGAAGGGACCUCAGGAGGUCAUCUAGUCCAACCCCCUACUCAAAGUAGGACCAACCCCCAGACAGAUUUUUGUCCCAGAUCCCUAAAUGGCCCCCCUCAAGGAUUGAACUCACAACCUUGGGUUUAGCAGGCCAAUGCUCAAACCACUGAGCUAUCUCUCCCCCUUAUUAAGAAAUAAAUAAAUAAAUAAUGGUGAAGCAAAAAAAUUCUCAUUAAUGAAAAAAAGUACAAAUAGUUAUCAGUAUGUAACUAAUAGUGAUGCUAAUACAGGUUUGUAAGAGGCAGUGUAA